AUGGCCACCCGAGUCUACUCCCAGCCCGCCGCUGCCAACUACUUCACGGCCCCCUCUCAUGCAUCUGCCAAGCAACGCGCCUAUCGCGUCUGCGACCAGUGCGGUGCCGCAGAGCAGCCUCAAGUCGCCCGCUUCAGGACCUGCGGUGGAUGCAUGACUACCCAGUACUGCUCUCCUGACUGCCAGAAGAUGCAUUGGCCAUCGCACAAGGCGAUCUGCCAGCACACCGCAUCCCAACUCUCCUCCGCGAAGCAACCUAGCCCGGGAAUGCACGCCGCCGACGAGGGCCUCGUCAACAGCCUGCGCAAGUUCGUCUCCGCGCACUCCAUUCUCCUCGGCUGGGCGGGCUUCCAGGCCCUCCAGCUGAAGCGUGUGCCCUCCAACGUCCGCCAAAACGCGCUCCUCAUUGAGCUCAGCUACCACCCCUCCGCCUCCUCCUCGCUCCGGAGGUUCACGGUCAAGUCGACGCACAUCGUGCCCCGCACGUACGUGACCGACAACGACCCGCUCGUCGGCGACGACAUCCGCCGCCGCGAAGACCGCUGCCGGAAGAGCGGCGGCAUCGGCUGCGCCGUCGUCCUCAUCCAGUGCGGCGAGAUCAGCCAGGUGAUGCCCGUCGAGGUCGACUCGCCCGCGCGCAUCACCUGGGACCUGCGCGACGACUGGGCGGAGACCCUCCGUCACUUCGCCGACUCGGCCCGCACCGACUUCAAGCCGAUAUCGACGACCUCCCGCGGGUGA